AUGUUAAAGAGGUUUGAGCCAACAAAUUCAGUGUUGGUUGAGUACUUGAAAACCAUUAAUCCAGAUGUUGAGACUGGAAAAUUGUUGUCGAAAGAAGAAGCUGGUCCUUCUAAGAAGUCUAAACGUUCUAAAAAGGGUGCAAAGGCUACACCAGAAAAGCCAGUGCAAGAAUCAAAGAAGUCUCCUGUGAAGAUUGUGCCCGAAUCUACGAAGUCUCCAAAGAAGCCUGAGACGACUGUUAUCAUCACACCAGUGGAACCUGUUGAUGAUACUGUAGAGAAAAUUCCUUCGAAAACUGGUCUUUUUCGACGAUUGAAGAAAAGGGCUAGGGGUUCACGAGAAUCUUCUGAUGGUGUGUUAAAAUCUUCUCCUUCUAACGUUCGUAAACCACAACUAUCUCAUCAAGGGGUUAUUUUUCGAGAGGUUCCAGCUCCAGUUUCGCCUCUGUCCAAGAAACGUCGAGCUGAAGAUGUGGACAAACACAUUUCAAAGAAGAAGAAACGGCAACGCAAGUUGGUGGUGAGUAAAGUCUCUGGAUUGGUCCGAGAUUCAGAGAUUCGACUCUUGGAGAAGAUUGAUCACAAUGAUCAGAAUGAUGAAUUACGGUAA